AUGUUUUUCCACACCUGUGAAUUUGGUUUGAAGAAGGCCCCAGAGGAGCUGACCAAACUGGUGCCAGGCUCCCUGUCUUCCAGCAGUCCGGUCACUUCUAACGAGGGAGCGGACAAGCUGAUCAAGCAGAAGAGGCACCGCACUCGAUUCACACCGGGGCAACUGAACGAGCUAGAGAGAAGCUUCACCAAGACACACUACCCGGACAUCUUCAUGCGUGAAGAGCUCGCUCUCCGGAUUGGUCUCACCGAGUCCAGGGUGCAGGUGUGGUUCCAGAAUCGCAGGGCCAAGUGGAAGAAGCGCAAGAAGGCCACUAACGUGUUCCGAAGCCCCGGGGCUCUGCUCCCGUCCACAGGACUCAACCCAUUCGGCAGCAUGAGCGACGCCUUCUGUGGCUUCCCGUCUACCGACAGUCGAUGGCCCAGCAUGCCUCAGAUGAACGGCAACAUGAGUCCCUUAGCGCUCUCUGCCGCCGCCUCCCUUGGGCCUCGACAGAGUAUCCAAUCGUCCUUGACCUCACCGAUGUCCACAGCGAACACGUUGGGAAACCACGUGAACCAUAUGGGUUUCGGAAACGGCUUGUCCAUGAGUAGUAUGAGCAGCAUGAGUAACGGGAGCUCACCUUCUGCCUACAACACAGGCUACUCUAUGGUAGCGCCGCCCCAUCAUCCUCACAUGGCCCCGCCCACUUCUGUCUGUGGUUCCGGCGGUGCUGGAGGUGGUGGUGGAGGGGGUGGAGGAGGUCUGUCCGGGAAUUCCCCGUCUCCAACUUUACCCGGGUCUUCUCUGCAGUGUGGCCUCUCGGAUGUGGAGGAGACUUGGCGUGGGUCCAGCAUAGCGGCUCUCCGGAGGAAGGCCAUAGAGCACACCGUGAACAUUGGUGGCUACCGAUGAAAGAUGUCAUGUGACCAGAAAGACAGACAUGAAUAGAGAUAAGACUACAUUUCUGUCCUUACAGGGAAAUUCUGUUCAAAAUGGCAUGUAAGUAACAGUAACUUUACAUACACAGAGAAAAAAAUCCUCCAAAUAUCACACCAUUUCAUACAAUUUCAAAAAAGGCGAAUGUACAUACGCGUAUGCCGUGACCAGUCAUCACAGGACAGCUCCUUUUUGACAUGUUCUGGAUUGGAUUUGAUCAAGGAUACACCGCAGAGGCCAGCCACCACAAAGCUGUCGAUGCUCGACGUUGCUUGACAGUCUCUUUACACUCGUUCUCUAGUCACUCAACCGUUGAGUGUGUGGUCGAGGUACCUGAUAGACUUUGGAGACAUGUUGUUAGCGUUUACCUCAUACAAAACAACUCAGCUGGUAUUGUCUUUUUAUAUAAUCGUCGACUUAACGCUGUGGUAUUACCCACUGUGGGAUUUACAAUAAUGUGUCCAAAAGACUUCAUAGGGUCGCAGACAUGUGAAACUGAUAUCAAAAAGCACAUAAAAUUCUGCCAGUUAACUUUCGAAGGAAAACUGUUCAGAAUCGCUCGUAAAAGUUGGGGACAACUUGAUAUUCCUGCCGCCGAGGUAAAAAGACUAAAAUAGUCUCUUGUAAUAAACUGUGGAAGUAUUAAACAUUACACUCGGGCUUGCGGUGGUACUUACGAGCAGAAGUCGAAAUUACAACCAUGCCAUCAAUACGAAUUGGUACGAUUGGUUUUCAAAUUUUUAUAAAAAGGAAGAGGAACAUCUGUUUUGAAUGAUUUUUGUGUUUUGCUGUUGUUGUCAUUGCUGAUGCUGCUAUUGUUGUUAUUGUCGUUGUUGUCGUUAUUGCUGUUGGUUUUGAUAUCGUUGUUGUUGCUAUUACUGCUACUGCCGUAUGGUUGCCAAAUACACUGUCCUUGUUUUUAAAUACUUGAAAUGACAUAAACGGCCAGGGUAAUACGGUCUGGGAAUCUUUUUUUUUAAGCGAAAGCAUGAAGGUGUAUAAACAGCUAAUAUUGUUGCCAGUGGCAGAAACGGGUGUACUGACAGCAGCAUCAGCAGACAGAACGAAGCGUGGAAUACAAAUUAAUUAUGUACAAGACAAGUGAACUCUGGGACAUGUACAGGAAGCUAGGUGAUUGAAAAGAAGACUCGGGUCAUUUUCUUGUCGACCACUUCUUCAUGGGAAUUUUUAAAAAUAUUAUAAAAAGCCAGAAAUUUGUGGAUUUGCUUUGACACCACAAAAAUUAAUAAUAGCAUCAACUGUUUUGGAGAGAUAAAACAUUUUGAACUUAGUUGACAGAGACAGAGACAGGCAGGGUCGAAGCUGCCCGCCUCAUAAUGCUACCUAAAUUGUAUCAACAGGGGCGUGAAAUACGUAUACACAUUAUGUAAUUCUUAUGAUUGAAGCCCACGCCAUCUUUCAGGGUUUCUGACUUUUACAGAAUUUAAAGCAAGUUUAAACUCUCACCUGUGUAAAUCUAGUUGGUUUGUUUUUAAAAAAUAGUUUUUCGUGAUGUUUUGUGUCACGACACAGGUGUGUUGAAGUGGGUAAUUUCUGUUGCACUUUUAUGUUCUUGUUUCACGUAGGCACUUGAUCGCUCUUCUUUCGUGUAUGGUUGACACAUUAAUAUAAUUACAUUAUGUACUUAUUUUGUCAAUCUGAAAUGUGUGUGUUCAGUUUGUUUUUUGGGGUUUUAUGUGGAUGCGUUAGUUGCGUACAUACUGAGAGAGAGAGAGAGAGAGAGAGAG